AUGAAGCAAAGCAUAUGCUUUCGUAUAGUCAGUACACUACUGAACACGACAAUGAGAAGUCACACGUACUUUGAUUCCUUGGGCUCGGCCAGAAUAAUGGCCAGAGUUCUCGACGGAAAAGCGUUAGCUAAAGACAUCAGAGAUGAAUUGAAGAUCAAAAUACAAAGUUGGAUUAACGUCGGUCACCGAGCCCCAUCCCUACGUUGCAUCAUUGUAGGCAAUGACCCAGCUAGUCACACAUACGUCCGUAACAAAAUCCAGGCAGCCCUUGAAGUUGGAAUCGAAGCACAGACUAUUAAAUAUGAUGAGACUUUAAGUGAAGAUGCCCUGAUAUCAGCGAUUGAGACGUUGAAUCAAGAUAAAAAUGUGGAUGGUAUUUUGGUUCAAUUGCCAUUACCAAAUGGUAUUGACGAAAGGAAAGUGUGUAAUACCCUUGCACCGGAAAAGGAUGUAGAUGGAUUCCAUAUUACAAAUGUUGGUCAGCUGUCCCUGGAUAUGCCUACAAUCGUUCCAGCGACCGCUCUUGCUGUUGUAGAAAUGUUAAAAAGGUUUAAAAUAGAAACUUUCGGUCGUAACGCAGUUGUGGUUGGAAGAUCAAAGAAUGUCGGUAUGCCAAUAGCGAUGAUGCUUCAUAGUGAUGGCAAUCACGACAGCGGGUUGGGCAUGGACGCGACUGUGACGAUAUGUCACAGGUUUACGCCGCCUGAGCAGUUAGAAGUGCACUGCCGUAAUGCCGAUAUUAUUGUUACUGCUACUGGAGUACCAAAACUUAUAAAAGCGAAUAUGAUCAAGCCAGGCGCAACGGUGAUAGAUGUUGGUAUAACAAGAAUUACCGAUGAACAAGGAAAGACGAAAUUGGUAGGAGAUGUUGAUUAUGACGAGGUAGUUAAAGUUGCGGGAGCCGUUACACCAGUACCGGGAGGUGUCGGUCCGAUGACAGUCGCGAUGCUGAUGCAAAACACGUUCCAAGCGGCUCAGAAACUUCGUAACCUUAACUGAUUUGUCACAUCUAACUUCAUUUUAAUCUAUGUAAUUCGUGUUAAUAAUUAUUGAAACAACCCAUUAUUUAAUGUCUGUUA